AUGACUACCAGCAAUCACCAUCAACAACGUCCAAGUCUCUCUAUGUCCUAUUCACAAGGUAGCAUUGGGUCGGCAAAUGGCAUGUCCUUCUCGCAAUCCCAAAUGAGCUCACUCAACGCUUCACAGUCUGUGGCUUCUACGCCGCGCGCUACACCACCCCCAAAGAGCUCUCAACAGUCGGCCAUGUCCUUCAAUUACUCCAACGGUCUUCCGAACGGCGCGAGGGCUAGUUUCAGUGGGUUUGAGGAUAUGAACGGCUAUGGAACAAUGAUUUACCACGAGGAAUUCAAGCCUCAGAUCUACAGGGCCGUUUAUUCCAAUGUUUCAGUGUAUGAGAUGGAGGUGAAUGGAGUCGCAGUUAUGAAGCGACGCUCUGAUGGUUGGCUGAAUGCUACCCAGAUUUUAAAAGUUGCUGGUGUGGUCAAGGCGCGGAGGACAAAGACUUUAGAGAAGGAAAUCGCGGCUGGUGAGCAUGAGAAGGUUCAGGGCGGCUAUGGUAAAUACCAGGGAACGUGGGUGAAUUACCAAAGGGGUGUGGAGCUAUGUCGCGAAUACCACGUUGAAGAGUUGCUACGGCCCUUAUUGGAAUAUGACAUGAACCCUAAUGGCACGGCAGCUUCUGGUCAGGACAGUUUGGAUACUCCAACAAAGGAGCAGGCAAUGGCGGCACAAAGGAAACGGCUUUAUAGUGGAAUGGAAAACCGGAGCAUGUCUCAACCUCAGCAGGGGACGUUCUUUCAAAACAUAUCCCGCACCGCAGCGACCGCCGUCAAUGCCAUGAGCAAGGCUCGUUUCGAGUCUCCUGCGGCAAGAGGCGGCGACAGCAGACGGCUGAGUGUCAUACGGAAACCGUCACAACAGAUGGGCAGUCAAGAUGCUCAGCCCCCCUUUGGGAGCCAACAAAGCUUUUAUAGUGCCGCUUCUGACAGUGGAUUCGCGAGCAAUAUUCCAACAAAUGGCCGAUAUGCACCGCAAGAUGCCAUGAGCUUCGAACAGGAAGAACCUAUGGAGCCGCCCCGCAAGCGCAUUCGUUCAUCGCAGGCUUUCAGUCUUCCCAUUGACGGCACAUCGAUGUCGAUGAGUGAACCCACACCUACGGAGCCAAAUGAUUCAUUUUACCAAGACAUGGAGCCCUUGCAUCAUAUUGAUGAAGGCAGACAUGGUCUCGAUCCUCUUCCACCAGCCACCACUCCUGAAAGAUUUCAGAAAAUGAAGCUAAUCAUGACCUUGUUUUUGGAUAAAACAACUAAAGAUUUCUCAACACACCCGGCAUUAAUUCAGCUGUCAGGCGAGGACUUGGAAGUUCCACUUGACGAGUAUCGAAAUAAUGCUUUACAUUGGGCGGCUAUGCUUGCUCGUAUGCCACUUGUGUAUGCGCUUGUCAAAAAAGGCGUAAACAUUGCCCGGCUAAAUGGGGCGGGUGAAACUGCAUUACAGAAAGCUGUCGGCACACGGAACAAUCUUGACUACAGGAGCUUCCCGCGAUUGCUACAAGUCUUGGCUCCGACUAUUGACAUGGUUGACCGAAGUGGGCGAACAAUAUUGCAUCAUAUUGCAGUUAUGGCGGCUACUGGACAUGGUGGUCAUGUGUCUGCAAAACACUACCUUGAGGCGCUGCUCGAAUUCAUAGUUCGCCAUGGCGGUACCUCAUUGAACCAACAGUCAAAUGGCACUGCAAGCCAACCGGGAAUGCCGCUUUCUAAUGAGGUCAUUACCUUAGGUCGGUUCAUCUCAGAAAUUGUCAAUCUCCGAGAUGAUCAAGGAGAUACAGCACUUAAUCUAGCGGGACGUGCACGCUCUGUUCUGGUCCCACAACUGUUGGAGGUGGGUGCGGAUCCUCACAUUCCUAAUCACACCGGUCUUCGACCAGCGGACUAUGGUGUUGGCGUGGACAUGGUAGAUGGUAGCUCUCAACCAGCUGGGAGUCGGAGCGACACCUUUCUCGCUCAGUUGGCAAAGACAAGGAAAGAAAUCCUGGAAGCAACAACGGCUCAAGUCACGGCUAUUGUUCAGGAGACAUUAGGAACAUUCGAUAAAGAGCUGGCCGCUAGCUUGACGAGCAAGCAAGAGAAGUUUGAUCACUGGCAUGCCAAGAUCCGAGAGUCGGCGAAGGCACGACAAAUCGAGCAGAAGCAAUUGGAUGAGCUAAAACGCAGGUCUAUCGACCGGACGGAAACAAGCAGACGGCUGAAAAACUUGGAGAAGUCAUCAACGGACCUUCUGGAGGCCCAUAAAGAAAUUCUCACAAAUCUUGGUGAUACAUCGAAACCUGUAUCACUCGGUGAUGCUGAUCAGGAAUCCGGAUUCGAGAUCGCUGAGUUCGAGGCCCUCUUUCCAGAGACGUUCGAUCCCGCGUCUGGAUUUUCUGAAGCGCAGAUUGCCUACCUUCGCAAGCUACCGUCCGCUGAGAUCCUGGAACAAAGAGUUAGUUGCUAUCGGGCGUUUAAUAAGGAGACUCUAGAUGAGAUCGAUGCUCUUAGGUCCAAGAAUGUGGUACUCGGCCAGAAUUACCGCCGGAUGGUAAUGGCCUGCACAGGCUGGUCGGCCGAACAGGUGGAUGAAGCUGCUGAAGGCUUAACGCAAUGUGUUAAGGAGCUUAACGAUAACCCAGUCCCAGAAGAUGAGGCCAUCGAAAUCUUGAUGAGAGACCGUGGCCAGGACUGGUGA